AAAGCAACUUGGCCUGCUUGCUGCUGCCCCCCUACCCACAGCGCGAGCACGGGAUGGAAUCCGGCAGGUGGCCGCGCGAGGGAGGCAACCGAAGGGUCGCAACCCGGCAGCACGCCGAUUCCUUCCUUGCCGCCGCGCGCGCCCCCCGCCCCUUUAACCGCGCGCCUUUCGCCAGCCGGCCAAUGGUUGGGCCGCAGCGAGCGGGAGACAGGCAGCGGCGGCGGCAGCAGCAUCGGAAGCAGCGGCGGGCGGCGGAGGGCCCAUGGCGGGGGAGGCGUCGCUCGAGCACUCGCCCACCUGGGUGGUGGCCACCGUCUGCCUCGUCAUCGUCUCCGUCUCCCUCGCCGCCGAGCGCUUCCUCCACUACCUCGGCAAGUUUCUGAAACAUAAGGAGCAGAAAGCAUUGUUUUCAGCUCUUCAGAGACUAAAAGAAGAGCUAAUGCUUCUUGGAUUCAUUUCCUUCGUCCUGAGUCUCUCCCAGGGUUUAAUUGUUAACAUUUGCAUUCCAGCAAAUGCUACAGAUUUCAUGCUUCCAUGCAGGCGAGAGAACCACAGAGUUGCAGAAGAAGGUUCCAGAAUUUGCAAGAAAAAGGGUGAUGUUCCCUUGCUAUCAUUGGAGGCAUUACAUCAGCUGCACAUCUUCAUAUUUGUACUUGGUUUAGUCCAUGUUGUGUUCUGCGCCACAACAAUAUUACUUGGUGGGGCGAAGAUGCGAAAGUGGAAGCAUUGGGAGACAGAAAUUCACCGAGAAAUAGGGGAGAAAUUACAUCAAGCACAAAUUGAAAGAAAACCGACACCAUUGAGUGCUGUGCUACAUCGAAAUCAUCAAGGUGAAUUUGUCCGUGAGCGAACAAAGGGCUUUUGGAUGAAGCUGGCUGUUGUAAGCUGGAUAACUGCAUUCUUGAAGCAAUUUCACGAUUCUGUUAGUAAAUCAGAUUAUGAAGCGCUUCGAUCAGCAUUUGUUCAAAUACACUACCCAAGAAAACCAGACUUUGAUUUUCACAAAUACAUGAUUCGUGCUCUUGAACAUGAGUUUAAGAGGGUUGUUGGUAUCAGCUGGUAUCUGUGGCUUUUUGUCAUCAUCUUCCUGUUGCUGAAUAUAAAUGGAUGGCACACAUACUUCUGGUUAGCUUUCUUGCCUCUCUUUCUCCUACUUAUUGUUGGUGCCAAGCUGGAGCACAUUAUUACUCGAUUGGCUCAAGAGGCAGCGGCAUCAUUAUCCAAUGAAACAGAGCAAGUUCCAGAAAUAAAGCCAUCCAAGGAACAUUUCUGGUUUCAUAAACCUGGACUUGUCCUUCAUUUGAUCCAUUUCAUUCUGUUUCAGAACUCGUUCGAGAUCGGUUUUUUCUUCUGGGUCUUGGUAUCAGAAGGGUUCGGCUCGUGCAUGAUGGAGAGUAAGCCUUAUACCAUCUCCAGACUUGUUAUCGGAGUGAUCAUCCAGGUCAUCUGCAGCUAUAUCACUCUGCCGUUAUAUGCCAUCGUCACUCACAUGGGCGGGGAGAUCAAGCUGCACGGCUUCGGCUUCGGCUCCGACGUGCACGAGUCCGUCCACGGCUGGCUCACCGAGGCCCAGAGGAGGAAAACCUUCUGGAAGAAGCCCGAAGGCGGCGGCGGCGACCCCGAUUCCGGCGGGGAGGUGAAGGUGCCCCGGGCGGCGGCGCCCGACGACGAGCGGGCGGCUGGGACCUCGCGCGGCAGCAUGCUGAUGACGGCGCACCCGCCGCCGCCCGACCUCGACGAGAUCGUUACCGUGGACGGCGGCCACCACGGCCUCCGGAGGACGAGGUGACAGAGAGAGACGGCGGCAGGCUAGCCGCCGCGCCGGCCGGCCGGCCGGCCUCCCCCAGGUGCCGUGCGCGUCUGGUUGAUGGGCGAGACGCUGCGGAAAUUCCUCGUGUCGGGGGGUGGCGGCCGGGGCCGGGCGCUGUGCGCAUGCGCUGCCUCUGACUGAUCCCACGCUGUAACGUCAACGUCGCCUCGUGGUGUAACGGUACGGGCCGGACGGGACGGGACGGGACGGGACGCGGCCCUGGCUGUGGCCGGCCGCUGCCGACCUGCUGGGGCUGGCUGGGCCGGGCCGGGCCAGGGCGGCAGGCGUUGUGGCAUGUCAUGUGCGGCGUCGCCAUGGCCCCAGCUUUGCCCCUGCUGGCUGCUGUCUGGUGGCCGGCCGUACCUUGUUCUUAGGAAGGCAGCCGGUGUGCGAGUGUACUUAUUAAUCCAUGGCUGUAAUACACUACGAUGAAGGUGAGGCUGAACGGAGCUCCGGGUGGAUCGAUGGAGGAGGUGUCGUGCGGGCGGCGGGUUGCUGGCGCCUGGCGGCACGGUGAGCAUCUGGAGAGCGUGAUGGAUGGAUGUGACCAUGCGUGUCCGUCCUGCCCUCACCGCCAGCGAGUAUCAUCUAGCCUUGAUGGAGGCGGCUGCUGCCCGCUGCUGAUGCGCCAGCUGCCGUGUGCGUGCGUGCCCGUCGAGGGGCGUGCGCACGCGCGGCGCGCCAAUAAUUGCCGACGCGACGACCGGCGGCACUGCCGUCCGUUGGAUUCCGUCGAUAUCUCUGAUAGAUGCCGCAUCGGGGAGGAGGAGGACGCGUUUCCCACGCACGCACGGCGCCCGCACGAGCGUCGUCUGGGCCUGCGCGUGGACGGAUAGGGAUAGAUGAUCCGGAUGGAUCUAUCCCGUCAGAGGAGCAAGGCUCCGUAGGCCACGCGCGCGCCUGGGCUACGGGCUACGGCUAGGCAACGCGGAGCGUUGCGUCGAUUGGCAACGCCCCCGUGUGCGUGUGCAGCAGCGUCCAGUACAGCCGUGCUGCUACGUGCCGGCGGCACGCUCCUCGACCUCUCUGUAAACGAUCUGGCCGGCCGGAAGCCCGGAACAGAUCUCUACCGGAGGUAUACUCCGACACGACGGACGACGUGUCGUUCGUGGGACAUGCUAGUGUGCUCGAGUGCGAGUGCAGGAGCACGAGCGUCGGGUACUGCGUGCGGCGGCAUAUUCUUUACCUCCACGUCUGCAAAAAA